AUGGAAGUGUUCGUACUGGCAGUGUGGCUUUGCGUCGUCACUGCCGAGCUCGCACAGGACUUAGCGCACAUCGAGGACUUUAUCCAGCAGAAAAGAUAUCUUCUGAAGAAGAAGUACCGGCCUAUGUACCACAUCUCGGCGCCCGUGGGCUGGCUCAACGAUCCAAACGGAUUUAUAUUCUUCAAGCGACAGUACCACAUAUUCUACCAGUACCACCCGUACAACGGCGCGUGGGGUCCGAUCCAUUGGGGCCAUGUGAUCAGUGAUAACCUCGUCGACUGGGCGUUUUACCCACCCGCGCUGGUGCCCAAGGACCACUACGACAAGCACGGCUGUCUCUCCGGGUCGGCGGUCAUUCACAACAGCUAUUUAACACUGUUCUACACGGGCCACGUGCUAUCCAAUAACAAGACUUUUCAAACGCAAAAUGUCGCAAUUAGUGCUGACGGUAUUAUCUUUCAGAAGUAUUUAUACAACCCCAUAAUACGAGACGGCCCCUUUGGCAACGCAGACUUUCGAAAUCCUAAAGUGUGGAGGUUUAGAAACUCAUGGUUCAUGCUGAUUGGAACUUCAAGAUUACAAGAAGCAUACUUAUUAUUGUACACGUCGGCUGAUUUGUUUAACUGGAAGCUCAACGGCACCAUAGCAAAAUCGUAUGGAGAUAUGGGGUACAUGUGGGAGAGCCCAGACUUUUUUGAAAUUGAUGGAUUCACUGUUCUUAUACUAUCAGUGCAAGGUAUUCAAGGCGACGGCCAUCGUUUUCGGAACCUUUAUCAGACGGGAUACGUCAUUGGAAAUUUCAACUACCAAACCGGGCAGUUUGAAGACCUUGAAAUAUCUACAGCGACAUUCAAUGAACUUGACUACGGACACGACUUUUAUGCGGCCAAGACGAUGCAGUCUGUCGAUGGACGCCGACUGCUCGUCGCCUGGUUGGGCAUGUGGGAAAGUGAGUUCGAAGAAUCGAAUGACGGCUGGGCUAGCAUGCUGACCUUAGUGAGAGAACUAAAACUGACAUUUCAAGGCAAACUUCUGAUGACGCCGGUUAGAGAAAUAGUCGAGUUGCGUGCCGAGGUGCUAGAGGACGCUUGGUACAGUCCAGGGGAGGCAUUCUACGCGGGAUCAAGAGCUUUCGAAAUGCUUGUGAACUCUAGUACAGUGAUGUACGACGCUGCAAUCAUACUAGAGUGGAGCGGGGAGCGGCAGUACACCAUUGCCUUCUCAUCAGAGCGAGGCUACGUGAGCGUGGACCGCGGCGGAGUGGACGGCGUCAGGCGAGCAGACUGGUUACCCGUCACACAUAUACACUGGCGUAUUUUUGUCGACUAUAGUUCCAUUGAGGUUUUCUGUGGUACGGGUGAGGUUGUGUUUUCAAGUCGCAUUUAUCCGCGGAAGUCCAUGCGUAUAAGGAUUGCAGGAGACACGCAGUUACAUGUGACUCAAUAUCGACUCAGGCGCAGUGUCGGAUAUGACAAUAAACUCCGCAAGCAAUUGAAAAAUCAUGUUAUUAAUAGGUAUCAUUAA